CCUGCACCCCCCCCCCCCCGGCAGCCGCCUUCCCCCUCCUCUGACCUCGCCGCCGCCGGCCGAGCCCACCCGAGCGGAGAGAAGGAUGGGUAGCGGCGGGGAUGAGGCCUCGCGAACAGUCCCGCCGCUGGCGCUGGGGGGCACCCGGGAGGAGCUGCCGUUCGUGAAGGAGACGGUGCUGAAGAAGCGCAAGGAGAACGCGGACUGGGCGAUCCGGAACCGGGAGCGCAAGGCGGAGAAGCGCCUGCGCAUCCGCGAGGAGAACAAGGUCAUCGUCAAGCGGCCGGAGGAGUUCGUCACGGCGUUCCGGAACAAGGAGCGCGACUUCCUGCGGAUGAGGACCCGCCUCAAGGUCCGCAAGCAGCCGCCCGCCGAGUUGCUCAGCUCGAAGCUCAUCUUUGCGAUCCGCAUCCCGGGCUCUGUGGACUUGCAUCCGCACAUCAGAAAGAUCUUGAGGAAGCUACGGAUGACGAAGGUCCUCACCGGCGUGUUUCUGAAGGCCACCGAGUUGACGCUCAAGAGGCUUCUCGUGGUUGAACCGUUCGUCACCUACGGGUUCCCGAACUUGAAGAAUGUGAAAGAGCUUAUUUACAAGAAGGGCCGUGGGUUCUUGGACAAGGAACCUUUCCCUCUUACCAGCAACGAUCUAAUUGAGAAGGCUCUUGGAUCUCACGGCAUCAUAUGCUUGGAAGACCUUGUGCAUGAAAUUGCCACUGUUGGGCCACACUUCCGGGACGCGUCAAAGUUCCUCAUGCCCUUCAAGCUCAAGUGUCCAGAGAGGAGGCUGCAGAUGAAGAAGAAGCCCUACAAGGAUGGUGGUGACUCAGGCGACCGAGGCGACAAAAUCAACGAACUAAUUGAGAAGUUGAACUAAAACGGAGCUUGUUUCAAGUUGUCGUUUGCGAAUGAGUGAUGGAUUUGUUAUCUUAUCAGUUUUGUACUAGCAUAGCUGGAUGUACCGUUAACUUUGCAACGUUAUCUGAAUUCGUGCCAUCAGAUCGUGAAAUAGCAGAAGCUGCUUUCAUCGUCC